GUAAUAAUUUUCUCUCUUCUGGGCACUGCGCCCAGUAAACCUCACAACAUCCCAAAAUGGCCGGAGACCUGUUUGAAGAUUUGCCUCCUCCGGCAGCGCCACUAACUUCCGUCAAUGGUUCCGCCGUCGCUCUUACUGAGGCUUCGGCACCACCACCACCACCGCAACCUCCACUUCCGCCUCCUGCUUUGAAGAGUGCCCUCAAACGUUCCAAACCACCUGCAGAAUCACAGCCUGAAACUUCUGCUCCUGAAAAACGAUUGAGGUUUAAAACAAUCACGGAUGCCUCAGAGACGCAAGUUAUUGAAGCCAUGCAAAAAAUAGCAUCACAUAUAAAGAACAUUCAAAAGUUUAGUAAAGCGUCAAAGCUUGCAUUGCAGCUGAUUCAGGCUGGCAGUGUAAAGCCUGCAACUAGUGACCAUUUCUUUGCCAUUCUUGAAGCUGCAAUGUCAUCACUUACCACCUGUAAUGAGCCUUCUGUACGAGCAGAUUAUCACGAGUUGUUCACAGCUGUGCAAGAUACAAUUGAAUGUCUUUCGAAGAAACAGCAAAAUAUGGUAACUACAUGGACCAUGAGGGCGGUGGUGGCUAAUGACCUCUUCACCGAUGACAGUUUCGUGGUAUGCUUUCGUUUCAUUUUACUUGCAACUUGCAAGCGCCUCUAUUUCAGCUGAGUUCUAUUUGGUUUU